AUGGCUUCCAAAGAUCAAGACAAGAAUCCUAGUGAAUUAACCGAUUCUAACGAUUUUAACGAAAAGUUAUUACAAAGAGCCGACAAGCCAGUAACUAUACCGGAGAUUGAAAAACCAAAAUUAAAAGCCCCAAAAGAUAUUGUUAGAAAUGUUCAAGGUUCUAGUGCGGGUGCAGGAAGCGGAGAAUUCCACGUUUACCGAGCUCAUCGCCGAAGAGAAUACACAAGAUUAAAAAUCAUGGAAGAAGAAGCUAGAAAG